AUGGCGGGUUGGUUCUCUUCUGCCUCACCGCUCGAUGAGCAGGUUGAGCGCGCCACCGCAUCUUCUCUUGAAGAUAUUGCUCUAAAUCUCGAGAUAUCGGAUCUCAUUCGAUCAAAGGGUGUCCAGCCAAAGGAGGCGAUGCGAUCAUUGAAACGACGGCUGGAGAACAAGAACCCGAACAUUCAAAUAGCGACUUUAAAGCUUACAGAUACGUGUGUAAAAAAUGGCGGAACCCAUUUCCUGGCGGAGAUCGCAUCAAGAGAGUUCAUGGAUAAUCUGGUCUCGCUCCUCAAGACCGAAGGCGUCCCGUUGAACUCAAAUGUGAAGGAAACGAUGCUAGAAUUGAUACAAGAUUGGGCUAUGGCUGCUCAAGGGCGCAUGGAUUUGAAUUAUUUGGGAGAAACAUACCGGAAGUUGCAACUCGAAGGCUUCCACUUUCCACCAAAGACUGCAAUUAGUGGGAGUAUGCUUGAAAGCAGCGCGCCUCCGGAAUGGAUUGAUUCCGACGUUUGUAUGCGCUGCCGUACAGCAUUCAGUUUCAUGAAUCGCAAGCAUCACUGCAGGAAUUGCGGAAACGUCUUUGAUGCGCAGUGUUCCAGCAAAACUCUUCCGUUACCUCACCUCGGGAUCCUACAACCUGUUCGCGUUGACGACGGUUGCUACGCAAAACUAACCUCCAAGCCAUUUGCCCAAGGCGCCUUGGCGGAUCGAUCGGCUUUCAAGAAUACCUCGAUCACAAAAUCUAGCGUUAUGGAACCCCGUACCGCUAGGGCAGAAUCGGGAUUCGAUGACGAUUUGCGUCGAGCGUUGCAGAUGAGCUUGGAAGAAGCCCAGAAUAGGUCUUCAAGCGGCUAUGUCCCGCAGCCCAAACCUACUUCAGCGCCUACAAACGCAGGACCCGGGCCUAGUAAUGACGAAGAGGAGGAUGCGAAUCUAAAAGCCGCUAUAGAGGCGUCGCUCCGUGAUAUGGAAGAGCACAAACAAAAGCAUGCCGCAGCCUUGAAGAAUACUAAUGCUGUCGAAUUGUCCACUCCUGCCACACCUGCCACUACAUCUUUACCAAAGAACCCAUAUGAACUCAGUCCUGUCGAGGUAGAGAAUAUUCACCUUUUCUCCACCCUCGUUGACCGAUUACAACAUCAACCACCGGGAACAAUUCUACGCGAGCCUCAAAUUCAGGAGCUGUACGAGAGUAUUGGCGCGCUUCGACCAAAGUUAGCGCGCAGCUAUGGUGAAACUAUGAGCAAGCAUGAUACACUACUGGAUCUUCAUGCCAAAUUAUCAACAGUGGUCCGGUAUUAUGAUCGUAUGCUGGAAGAAAGACUGUCCAGUGCAUAUUCUCAACAUAACCUGGGAUACGGCCCUGUCCCCGGAGGUGCUCAAUACCCGAAUAUAUACCCGUCGAUGCCCUCCAACACGGGCGAAGUAAAACCAGGCGCCGAGAAUUUCUAUUAUGGAAACUCGGCCGUCGAACAACCGGGUCCCGCCCGCGCCCCCUACUCCCAACCACAGCUUGAACGAGACACCGCUGUGGUGACUCCUUCAUUGAACCCGCAACCUCAACAGUCAUCUCCAAGUCCGCACUGGAAUCAGACUCACCAACCAGUCGCCCCGCCUCAGCAACCCCCCAACAAUGCAUAUAACACUGCAGUUUACUCUACCCCAGGGGUACCAUCACAAUUCUACACCUCGCCGGCAUACCAAGAGCAAGAGAAGCAGUUCCAGCAGCCUAGACAAGGAGAAGUUGAAUCUCCUUACCAGCCGUCUCCAGUAAGGAGACGCGACUCAUAUUACCAGCCGCCAGGGCUCACACCACACCCUGGGGAACAACCUCCACCCGUUGAACAUGGGCUGCCUGCUGGGUACAUGCAGCCUGCAGAUUCACGACCACCGCAAUCGGCACAACCUCAACCAGCAGAGCCGCCAGCCCAAUCGUAUUAUUUCCCACAGCAGCAGCAACAACCUACACAAGGAGGGGCCUACCAAGGAUAUUACCAGGGAAACAUUAGUUAUCAAGCACCUUACGGUGGUGACGUCUCUCCUAUCAGCGCUCCUCCUCCCGUACAGUAUCAGCAACCAGCACCAUCUCGACCGGCCGUCGAGGAGAGUUUGAUCGAGCUGUAA